CAGGCUGAAGACAAAUCAUAACACAUUUCAAAGCUUCAAGAUGGCUACGCUGUCCUGGACUCGCAAGGCGUUCUCGGCUUGCCGGAUGCCAACGCGCCGGGCGCCUGUCGUGCGGACAUUCGCGACCAAGGGAGAUGAAAUAAAGCAAACGGUGGCCACCAAUAAGGUCGUGGUGUACUCCAAGACUUACUGCCCUUAUUGCUCGCGGGUGAAGGGCCUCUUCACCGACCUCAAGAUCCCGCACAAGGUGCUGGAGCUGGAUACCAUGGGCGCCGAGGGAGCUGAGAUCCAGGACGCGCUGCAGCCCAUCACGGGGCGUCGCACGGUGCCGCAGGUCUUUGUGGGUGGCAAGUUCAUUGGCGGCUGCGAUGACACGGUAGCCGCCCACGCCGCCGGCAAGCUCAAGACGGUGCUGGGCGAAGUUGGCAUCGCCAUCUAGGGUGCCGUGCAACCGUACGCCACGUGGGACAUGGCCGCAAGGAGUUCGUGUAAUUCAUUUACAACAAUUCCUACUUUACCUACACGUAUACACGUUUUGUAACAAAAGCUCCUCACGGUUCCUGACCCUCGUUGCGGUAGUUAAGAAAGUAUCAAGACCUACCAGCCGCCUCUAUUCCGACUUGUCAUCCAUAUUACUCAGAGAUAAGUUACACGUAUUAAAGAAAUGGACAGCGACGGAGAGGGGGAUGAGCGCGGCGGCGGCGCAACAGACGUCCUGGACUUCGGCUUUCAGGAAGAGGAGAAGAAAAUUGGAGGCCGGCGCGCAAAGAAGUUGAAAGAACAAAAGAAGAAACUUAGGGCUGGCACUUUUGACAACAUGGGCUUCGCGCCGGAGGUCCUGCGCGCCAUCAAGCGCAAGGGCUACCGGCUGCCCACCCCCAUCCAGCGCAAGGCCAUGCCGCUCAUCAUGCAGGGCCUAGACGUGGUUGGCAUGGCGCGCACGGGCAGCGGCAAGACAGCGGCUUUCGUGCUGCCCAUGAUACACAGGCUGAAGCAGCACAGUCUGAAGGCGGGCGCGCGGGCGGUCAUCCUGGCGCCCACCCGCGAACUGGCGCUGCAGACCCACAAGACGGUUCGCGAGCUGUGUCGCUUCACCGACCUGCGCACCGCCUGCCUGGUGGGCGGCGACUCCAUGGAGCUGCAGUUCGAGGAGCUGGCGGCAAACCCGGACAUAGUGGUGGCCACGCCGGGUCGUCUGGCGCACCACCUGGAGGAGGUGGAGGGGCUGUCGCUGCGCUGCGUGGAGUACUGCGUGUGCGAUGAGGCGGACCGCAUGUUCGAGAUGGGCUUCAUUUCGCAGGUUGCCGACCUGCUCCGCAAGAUGUCCCCCGCCCGCCAGACGCUGCUGUUCAGCGCCACCCUGCCCGCCAGCCUGGCGGAGUUCGCGCAGGCGGGGCUGAAUGCGCCGCAGCUGGUGCGGCUGGACGCGGAGCGGCGCAUCAGCCCCGAGCUGGGGCUGGCGUUCUUCACAUGCAGGUUUGAGGACAAGGUUGCUGCGCUGCUGCACCUGGUUCGCGAGGUGGUGUCGGGGCGGCAGCUGACCAUCCUGUUCACCGCCACCCGCCACCACGCGGAGUUCCUGUACACGCUGCUGCUCAAGGAGGGGCUGGACGCCACGUGCGUGUUCGGGAGCAUGGACCAGACCGCCCGCAAGAUCCACGUGGCCAAGUUCCGCGCCGGCCGCUCCCACCUGCUGGUCACCACCGACGUGGCGGCCCGCGGUAUCGACAUCCCGCUCAUCGACAACGUCAUCAACUUUGACUUCCCGCCCAAACCCGAGCUGUUCGUGCACAGGGUGGGUCGCGCAGCCCGCGCGGGGCGCUCCGGAACCGCCUACUCCCUGCUCACACGAGAGGAGCUGCCGUACCUGCUGGACCUGCACCUCUACCUGGGCAAACCCGUAAAACCCGCACCCCUGGUUCCGGAGGUGAAGCCCGAGGGCAUGGAGGGCGGGGCAGCGGAUGCGGCCAGCUUGGCGGCCGCCGCUACCUCGGCGGAGGAGUCGCUGUACGGCGGUUUCCCCGCUGUCGUACUGGAUCCGUUGAUUGAGCAUGCACGGGAGUUGGUGGCUGCGGCUGCGGACCUGGAGGGCAUGCAGCGCACGCUGGCUAACGCGUGGGGCAUGUACUGCAAGACGCGGCCGCAGGCGAGUGCGCAGAGCGUGCGGCGGGCGCGGGGGCUGGAGAAGGAGGGGGUGCACCCGCUGCUGCUGGCGCUGCUGCCCAAGACCAAGUACACGCAGAUUGAGAACGAGGUUGCCCUAGCCCAGUUCACGGAGCGCCUCAAGUCCUUCCGCCCCGCCGCCACGGUGUUUGAGGCGGAGAUCGCGCGUGUGAAGUCCACCUUCGCCAACCCGCUGCUGCUGGAGGGCGGGAGCGGCGCGCUGGGGCGGGGCGGCAAGAGCACGGAGGUGAUGGCCACCAAGCGGGCCGCGCACGCGCACAUCAUUGAGAAGGAGCGGCAGAAGAGGAUGCGGCUGGAGGAGGAGGAGCGCAACGCGGCAGGGGGGUCACGGCGGCGGGGUGCUGCAGAGGGCUCUGAUGAGGAGGAGGACGGCGAGGAGGAGGAGGAGGGCGGCAGCGGCAGUGGCGGCGAGGAGGAGGAGGGCUGCUCAGGGGAUGACAGCGGCGAGGAGGAGGAGGGGCAGCAGCGCGGGGCUCAAGCAGCCGGCCCCAGCGGCCGCGGCGGCAGUCGCGCCCGAGCCAAGCAGGCGGCCGCGGCCGCCGCUGCGUUCGGCGACGGUGUGGUGUCUGAGGGGCGCUACCGCGACCCCUCGCUCUACAUCAGCCACGUGCGCGACGGGCGGCACCGCGACGAGACGUUCGAGGCGGAGACGCGCGCCGCGGAGCUGCAGUCGGCGGUGCUGGACCUGACGGCGGAGGACCAACAGGGCAUGUCCGACUCCAAGCGGCGCUACCACUGGGACAAGCGCAGCAAGAAGUACGUGCUGCGCUCCUCCGAAGACACGCAGCGCAAGGGGCGCAAGCUGCGCAACGAGGCGGGCAAGAUGGUGCAGCUCAAGGAGGGCGAGCGGGGGGAGCUGUACCGCAAGUGGUCGCGUGUGCACCACAAG